CGCUGCCGUGAAGAAGUCUACCCAUAAACAAGGACAUGUAAGGUUAGGUAAUAAAUACAUUAGUAUGUAUAUGCGACAUUUCUUAAUGUACAAUAUCCGAUCUCGGCGUCAGUAAGCUAUGGUUCUGGUGUCUUAGUACUCGUUUGAGGUCUAGGCUUGUUUUCUGCACAUUUGACUGUUUUCCUGGGUGCAAACAGGAGUCAUUGUCACUAUAGCAUAUCGACAGUAUAUUGUCAGGUUUUGACAGACCAUCGCGCAAUUAAGGUUAAGUUAUGGCAAAUCCAGGCCACGUGUCAAAGGUUCGGUGUCUGUAUAAAAGAAUCCUGCUAUUGCACCGGUUCAUGCCCAUAGACCUGCGAGCUCUGGGUGAUCAGUAUGUGAAAGAUGAAUUCAGAAGACACAAGACUGCAUCACAUGAAGAAGUCAAGCGCUUCAUGGUAGAAUGGGAGGACUACAAAGACACCCUACAGACGCAGGUGCUGGAAUCAGGGGGAAACAAGAAAUUGGUAUUUGGAGCUGAUUUAUCGGAAGAGAAACUCAAAUUGUUUCAGGAUGAGCAAAUUGGGCAGCUUUACGAGCUUAUGCUUGAGUCUAAUAAACCCAACCGGCAGUUUGCCAUUCAAGAGGAGGUCACGCCAAAGUAACACCAACCCCCCACCCCCCACCCUCCAAUACCGCCACUUGCAGCAAACAAUGUCACAUUUGGGACAUUUUGAAUCAUGAUAAAGCACUCUGGUUCAGAGCCAAGACUGUUGGAAAUGGGUAAUUACAUUAAAGUGUGCUUCAAAGAA